AAACUAUUUAUUUGGAAAUUGCAUCUUGCAUCGUCCGAAGAGCUGCACCAGUGUUAUCGUGCAUUUUUGUGUUCCAGUUGAGAUCAAAUUUCUGCUGAAUCGAAAUAAUACCUACUCUGUGUCCCAAAUCCCACUAAUGGAAAUGGACUCGAAAAAGAAAAAAGCUGCCGGUAAGAAACGUUCGCAGCUGGUCGGCACGCUUCGCAAGCAACGCGACGAACUGAAAUCGGAAUGGAUGCGUCUGGAGGGUGACCGCAUUCAACUGGCAGUGCGCCACACUGAUCUGCUGAGCCAGUGGAGUUCGAUUUCCGGCUCGUUUGUCGAUGCCACACGAGAACAGGACAAUGUCAUCGAACGAUUGCUCAAAGAAGCUGGCCUGCCGGAUCUUUCACCCGGCAAGCUGCACAACGAGAAAGAACUGCGCCAGAUAGCGUUCGAAACGGCCGAGAAGGCCGUACAGACGGAGCUUUGGUAAUUCGAGUUUAAUAUUAGAUUUAAUGUAUAUAUUUUUAAACGAAAAUACAAAACAAAACGAAAUA